AAGAAAUAUUCGGAGAGAAGAAUAUCACGGGUUGCUAUUUGGGACUCGAUGAGCCCAUAGCUCAUGCUGACUCGCAACUCAUCUGUUUAUGCCUCUAUUGCAUCCCGGCGAUUCUUUGUAUCUGUCCUUUGUCUUCCUACCCUUUAUCCACUCGACUAAGGCGGCCGCAAUCGUGUUCUUUGUCAACCCCUCCUCCCCCCCGUGUGUUGUCGCAGGAUAUCUGCUCGGCGGCUAGAGAUGGCACCUUCUCUUUCCUCUACAUAUUCGAAUCGCCCUGUAUCGCAAGGAUCGCCAUCCGAUAAGGAGAAUCGCUCAAGUGCAACGGGGAUCACUAAGAGAAACCAACCGCAAACGAUGGCACACGCCCGUAGAGCUAAGCGAGCUCGACUAUCAACAAGAGACUCUAAUGUGCAAGCCACUCAGUCUCAAGUAGCAUCGCAGGCGACACGGAAUAGUGCCAAUCAGUUUUACGAUCCGGAUCAAGACCACCGAGAAAGGCGACAAGUUCGUAAGGGCCUGAGAGAUUUGACGCGGGACCUCAACGACUCUAGAAAUGAAUAUCUACAGUCCGGAAACCAGGGCCUGCGGGACACCAUAAAGAAAGCGAACGAGAUCUUUGAGAAUGUCAAGCAGACUUCUGACGCAACCAUCGAUUCACGGUUGCUUGUUCAAGCGGCAGACCUCUCAUACAAAAAGACGGCACAGUUGGUGCUGGGGGACGCCAGUGCAGGAAUAGAUGUGGACGAGUUUGUCUCGAAGUGUAUCUCUUUUAUGCGCCGGGCACCUGCGGAUUCCCAAGAUUCGAUGCCUUCCAGCACCCAACGGCGGCGGACGGGUAUCGGAAGGACUCAAAUGGACCCCAACGACAGCGACGAGGACCAAGGGGAUGCAAUGAACUGGGACUGGCUCGGACGCGCUGCUUGUUUCUGUAGUAAUGCCCGACCAUCAGUUCCUGGCUUCCUACUGGGACCGCUUUCGGUACAGAAGCGCGUCAGACAGCAACCCGUACGAAGAGCCCGUGAACGAAUUGACCCAGCACGGGCCGUUGCACCGCAAGAGCUUCAGGAAAAGGACCUGGACAGGCAAGAAACAUCGAAUUUGACUACUAUGUGUGCCAGCAUCAAUCGGCUUUUGGCAAGAACCCAAAACAAUGGACAAGACGUGGUAGAGGCAGAAUUGUCGCAGUUAUCCGAGGAGCCCGACGAAGAUACGGUGCAAGAGGUGAUGGCGAGGAACAAUGUAGCCGAUGAUGGAGGUGUUCCUCUGUUCCAAUUCUGCAUCAAUCCAAACUCUUUCGGACAAAGUGUAGAGAAUCUAUUCUACGUUAGCUUUUUGGUCCGGGAUGGCUUGGUUGGAAUCGCAGUGGAUAGCCGGGGCCUGCCCACUUUGCAUUCUGCAAAGCCUCAUGCGCCUAGUGAAGCCCAGAGAUUGGGCAUCAAGAAGCGUCAGGCCAUUUUCACACUUGACUUUGAGACUUGGCAAGAAUUGGUCCAAGUCUAUGACAUCAAGGACCCCAUCAUUCCUCAUCGGGAGGAAGAGACGCAAAAUACAGCACAAUCCUGGCAAGGAUAAGAGGAAAUGAUUUGAAUGCGUUCUGAGAAGUGCGUUGUGUAUUGAUUAUUUUGUGGUAGUGCUUUGAUCAUGCGCCUGUGGAUAUCGUGAUACCCAUUUUGAGUUACCGGUGUUGGUAUGCAUUUUGAGAAUGAAUUUUUGUCACGGCGUAUGGGUGUCUUCAAUGAAUUAAAUACAUGGCAUGGUCCACAAAUGCAGAAUCGCAGAGCUUGUCCCCAAGGUUUUGCAUCCAGCAGAGGGAUA